GGACUUGAUAUUCCCCAAGUUGGGCUUGUGAUUAAUUAUGAUGUGCCAAUGGAGGCUAAGAGUUAUAUGCACCGUGUAGGCCGGACGGCGCGCGCUGGUCGCACUGGUUGUGCCAUCACUCUACUCACGCAGUACUCAGCUCUCUUCUUCACCAGUGAAAUUGAGACACAUCUGCUAAAGGAGGGUGGCCACGAAAGAGCCCUUUUGCUCCCCUUAGUCGAGCCAAACAGCGACCAGGACAAGGCUCUCGAAGCUGCUGUCGAACAUAUUCUUCUCGAUGUCAAUCAGGCUGGAGCUCUGGCUAGCAAAGUGAGGCUUGUCGGAGGACCAUGA